AUGUUCCUUAAAUCUAAAAGUUUAUUAAGUAUAGUACUCCUCUUAGCUCAAUUAGCAGCUACAUCACCAACUAUUGUGGACGUUGAAGAAGAACUAAUUUGUCCUGAUUCCAAUAAUCCAACAAUCUGCUACCCCAAAGUUUUCAUUCCUACAAACGAUUGGCAAAUUAUCAAACCUGAUCAAGAUAUCCCAGCUGGAUUACACGUGAGAUUGAAUUUGGAAACUGGGGAACGAGAAGCCAAGUUGAUGAGCAAAGAAGACGCAGAGAGUAAUGAUCAAGAUGAGGCUGUGGUUGUAGUUGGUGGUGAUGAUAAUAAUGACAACAGCGACAAUAAAGACGAUGUAUUUGCAACAAAGAGUAAUGAUGACCAUGCUAAUAAGUUAAAACAUGAACAGAUAGCAAGUGCCCUCCAUAUCAAUAAGAAUAAGAAAGUGAGGGUAAGUCAUGGAGAUCUCACUGAUUUUACAUCUGCCGUGGAAAAGGUUGAAGAAUACGACCAAUCCAAAUUGGAUGAUGUUACUGAAAAAGAACGUUUGAUUAAAGCUUUAGAUACCAUCAAUGAUUUAUCCCACGAUAUUGAACUUGGAGAACAAGUGACUAGUAAUACAGUGCUUUUUAACAAGUUGGUUGACCUUGCUUCCACAAACAAAGAUGAGCUAAUUGAAGAAAAGAUUUACAACAUCAUUACUGCUUCACUUCGAAACAACCCAGGUGCCAUUACAAAUUUACUCAAUGGUAAAGUUUCUGGCUUCAAUGUGGCGAAUUUCAUCAAUUCGUUAUUAGACGAUAUCAGUCAAUCACCAGAUACCAUUCAGAAACGGAAAAUCGGUAUAAUUCAAGCAUUAGCUCAAGAUCCAUCUGUGGCACAGCAGUAUUUCUCGUAUGAGCAUCCCAAUGGGUUGAAUCAAUUGAUUAAAGUUUAUCCGACAUUAAGUUUAGAUGCCAAGAUUAGAGUGGUUCAUCUUUUGGAAGAUCUUAACCUCUGGCAAAACAACAAAGAGAAAAGAUCUGAUGAAGAUGAGGAAGAAACUGAAACCGAUCCUGAUUCAAACUUGUCCCAAUUCAUUCAGCAACUGUUGGCUAGAAACAAGUUUGGUAAUGAGAACGAUGCCAAUGCUUAUUUUUCUCAUUUGGCGGAGUUGCACAAGAGUGACAAAAGUUUGAAACCAAGUUCGGAUUUCUUGCAAUGGUUGAGUAAAGAAGUUGAGUUGAGGAAAGAUCGGAAAAAGAGAAAUGAUGUAUCACAACAAGAUCUUGAUUUUGACAGGUUUAUGUUGGAAGCUAGACAUGAGAUUUUUGGCAAUCCCAUGGGAUUGAGAAAAGCCACCGCCGAUGAGUUGUAG